AUGCCCUGCAGGUUCUUGCAAGGACUUGAGGGCUUCCUGCCGCCACCACGAGCUCCGUCGCCAGCGCCCACUCAGCUAGACCCGGUGGAGGUGGACGUGCAAGACCUCGGCGGCUUCUUGGACCCGGAGACACCUCCCAGAGCACCGCAAUAUGCGCCGAGCACAGCUUCGAUACAGUCCGUGGCCUUGAAGGAGUUGCAGGACGAGAUCUCCUACCCCGAGAUCCUGCGGUACACAGAUAAGGCCCUGCGGUCCCUGCUGUUGGCCGAAGGCGUGCUGCGCUCGAAGAAGGAGCGGCCAGUGAUCAUGUGUUGGUCUUGCGGCAGCCGCAUGGAAGCCGCAGACAGCCGAAGUACCUCACUCCGCUGCUCCGAGGGGCGUGCAUGCCCGACGCGUGCAAGGCUCAGUAAUGUGGACGAUGCCUUCACACCCUUCGGCCCGACGGCAGCAUCUGGAGGCGACAAGGACUUCGCAACCUUCGUCAGAACCGCGUGGUGCUACGGCAUGAAGGCUGGGGCAGAUCAGACAGCUCACCUCAUUCGCGAGCCGGGGGAGAAUUUGCUGACCGUGCACAAAAAAGUGCAGCGCCACAGACAGCUGCAUGCCAUCGCUUUGGCAUACAGCGAGAUGGAGCACUCGCAGCGGGUCCGCUUCAAGUACGUCGUCGUCGAACCAGACAGCGCGCGCUUCGGGAAGCGGACCACGGAGGAUGGAUCCGCUCGAAAGCACGUGGCCAGGACGUUGGUCUUGAAGGGACGCAAAAGCAAAGAAUGGACGGCUACUCCGUUGCAGCCAAGUCUGUCGCAGGGCAAGCGUGGCAUGCCACCCGAGUCUCUGGACGAAGUCUUGGGUCCCAUGCAGAAGCAAAUCCGUCGUGGCUGCAUUCUAGCGCCUGAUGGCGGCCAGGCCUUCAAAGCUGCGGCGGGUGCCUUCCAGAAGCCGUUGCUGCCAGGGGUGAGGCAUGGGCAAAAGCUGUUCACGCCCACAGCCGUUCUGCGGGGCUCUUCUUGCCAGACUGAGACGAAGAAGAGGACACUGACGAAAAACAUCGCCAAGAAGUCCGGGCGAGACUACAAAAUGGCUGCUGGCGACAACUGCGCCGAAGGCUUGCUCGGCAACAUUAAGACGACGCUGAGGAGAUCUGGUGGCAUCCGCGCGCAGCGAGACAAGCUCUCCUCCCUUCGCGCUCUCAGUGCGGCCGCUUUGCUUCGACAGCCGGGCUUGCGAAGAGUGCUGCAGGCGCACGCAGCUUAUCGACGUGCGCUCGAAUCCGGAGUUUUGAAGCUCUCGCCCACGCAGGCUUAUGCGGUUAACAGCAUUUCCUGGCUCGGCCUGGCAGAAGAUCAGGUCGAGACGUAG